AUGACUGUUAUUCAAAUUGAAGCCGUGACCGACUUGCUCUGCCCGUGGUGCUAUGUCGGGAAGAAGAACCUCGACCGCGCUAUCGAUAUAUACCGGGAGAUGGACCCAUCCGUCAAGUUUGAAGUUGACUGGAAGCCGUUUUAUCUCAUCCCAGCCUUGAAGAGUUCAGGUUACGACAAGCGUGUCUUCUACAAACAGAGGUUCUCUGUGUCAGGAGACUACGAAACCACAUUCUCUCGCAUUUCCUCCAUCUGCAGCCAGGCGGGUAUUAACCUCGACGUCAGCGGCACCACAGGCAACUCCCGCCAGUGCCAUAAGCUCAUUGCCCUCGCACUGCACAAGGACCGCGACGUUCAGGAUCGGCUGCUGAACGCUGUGUUCCGGGGCCACUUCGAGGAGGGCGCCGACAUCACGGACCGGGGGUUUCUGCUGGCGGCGGCAGCGGAGGCGGGACUCGACGAGAAUGAGGCCGCGAGUGCACUCGACAGCGUAAGGGCUGGGGAGAUUGUUGAUGGGGAAGUGCUCAGUGCCAGAAAGGCUGGCGUCACUGGCGUCCCGACCUUCACUGUUCAAGGGCGGUGGAGAGUUGGCGGGAACCAAGAGCCAGAUAUUUUUCUUAGAGUUUUUGAGCGGGUUGCCGAUGAGGGUUGA